CGGCCUGAAGUUUGGAUUCCAACACCGCGAAGGGGAGCUGUUGCGGGCAGCCCACCCUUGCCAGUGCCGCGACCUUACUGCCUGGACUCGCCUCUCGCCGUAAGUACGGCCCGCCACCUGGGCCGUAGGGGCGCGGCAUGCGCUGCCCGCGCCAGAAAGCCCCGCGCAGGCACUAACUGCCCUCGCUUCAGGCCUCCGAACCUGCAACCUCCUCUACGUUCACGUCCCGACGGCUAUCUUCGGACCAGCAGGGGUUCCAGUCCAGCUGCAGGACCCAAACCCCAGAACCACUUCCGGACCCCUUCACGGUCUGGCGCCAGCUUGCAAAGGACCCUUCGGGCCGGUGACCUGAGUCCAGUUCCGGUCCCCGCGCCGCCUCCUGGCCUUGAACUCCAGAACACGAGCUGAGUCGUAAGUGGUCAGGGCAUUCGCGAGGCUCUGUCGGUACUGUGCUAUCCUUGUGAGCGAAGGCACCCAGCCUCCAGCGCGCCCCAGCCCGGGCAGUUGUGCUCUCGGGGCCAGCCUGCGAGGUCUUCCAGAGCUCUCCACCGCGGGCCGUAGCUUCAGUUUCAGGGACCCCACGUCCGGAGUUCCCACCUCGGACCGGUCCCCACUCGGACCCUCGACAGCGACCCGCGGCGCAAUCGCCUGGAGACGUGCGGGACGGCUGAGCCAUGACCGCCGAGAGCGGGCCGCCGCCGCCACCGUCGCAGUCGGAGGCACUGGCUGCCGUGAAAGAGGAGCGCGGCGAGGCCGCACCGGCUGGGCCGGGGGUCCCCGCGGAGGCCGUGGGUCGCGGCGCGGGUGGGCGGCGGCGUAAACGCCCCCUGCAACGCGGGAAGCCGCCCUACAGCUACAUCGCGCUCAUUGCCAUGGCCAUCGCGCACGCGCCCGAGCGCCGCCUCACUCUGGGUGGCAUCUAUAAAUUCAUCACCGAACGCUUCCCUUUCUACCGUGACAAUCCCAAAAAGUGGCAAAACAGCAUCCGUCACAACCUCACGCUCAACGACUGCUUCCUCAAGAUCCCGCGUGAGGCCGGCCGCCCGGGAAAGGGCAAUUACUGGGCGCUGGACCCCAACGCCGAGGACAUGUUUGAGAGCGGGAGCUUCCUGCGCCGCCGAAAGCGCUUCAAGCGCUCGGACCUCUCCACUUACCCGGCCUACAUGCACGACGCCGCGGCUGCGGCAGCCGCAGCCGCCGCUGCCGCCGCCGCAGCCAUCUUCCCGGGAGCGGUGCCCGCCGCACGCACGCCCUACCCGGGUGCGGUCUAUGCGAGCUACGCACCGCCGUCGCUCGCCGCGCCGCCUCCAGUCUACUACCCCUCCGCGUCUCCGAGCCCUUGCCGUGUCUUCGGCCUGGUUCCUGAGCGACCGCUCAGCCCAGAUCUGGGUCCCGCGCCGUCUGGGCCUGGCGGUUCCUGUGCUUUUGCCUCUGCAGGCGCUCCCGCCACUACCACCGGCUACCAGACCACCGGCUGCGCAGGGGCGCGGCCACCCAACCCCUCCACCUACGCUGCUGCCUACACGGGUCCCGACGGCGCAUACCCUCAAGCCGCCAGCAGUGCGCUCUUCGCUGCAGCUGGACGCCUGGCGGGACCCGCUUCGUCCCCGGCUAGUGGCAGCAGCGGCGGAGUCGAGACCACUGUGGACUUCUACGGGCGCACGUCGCCAGGCCAGUUCGGAGCGCUAGGGCCUUGCUACAAUCCUGGCGGGCAACUGGGAGGGAGCAGUGGAGGGGCCUACCAUGCCCGCCAUGCCACCGCCUAUCCUGGAGGGGUAGAUCGGUUCGUGUCCGCCAUGUGAGCCGAAAAUAGGGACGAAAACGAAUAGAUACUUUGGCUGUCUACACAAAAUAAAUAUCCCCGUGACAUGAGGACAGGACUAGAAAGAGGACCGAAUUGGGACCCACGAGGAAGGUACCAAGAGUGCUGGAGAGGCUCAAUCUCCUAGCACACCGUGUAAACACUGAUUUGUUUUGUAAAUGGGAGUUGAGGAGAGGCUGCCCGCAGCUUUUGGAUUAGCACAAGGGAUCUUCAAGAGGGUGAAGCCCCAAAGAACAGGCCUUUCUGGCUUUCUAUCAGGGAGGGUCCAUGGCAAUAUAGGAUGGAGUUGGAGACAGCGCAGUGUCUACACCAGGAUCAGGAGUCAUAUAGCUUCACCCUUUCCUGUGCUGCACAAAACAGGCUUUUUCACAUGGUUCGGCCUUUUGUACCUUUGACUACAUUACUGCAAUAAAAGGCCAGGACAGCGCUUUUCUUCUGAAAGUAAGGACAAGUUUGAAAAAAAAAAAAAAGUAGUUGUUUUUAGAUUUGUUUUUAAAUAGAAGAAAUCUGCUCUGGUUGAUCCAGCUGGUUUUCCCUGCCUCUGAGAACUUCAGACCACACUUAGCUCUCCAGUGAGACCCAGUUCCAUUCCAGACCUUCAAACCUUUAGUCUCCCUGUUACACAACAGGGCUCUCCCAGUCCACUCCCCUCCCCCAUAUUAGACUUAAGAACACCAUCAACUUGGAUGCCACCCUGCAUAUUUGGCAGCAUUGGUGGGCCACCCAGGGCCUCAGAGUAGCAAUCCAAAGUCUAACCAUCACUCAAGGAAUUGAUACAAAUCAUAGCAAGCACCUAAAGUCCCAGGACUAGCUCCAAGAAGCAAUUAUAUCACAAUUCGUUGAAUCUUUUGAGCGGGAUGUUCUGGUCAUCCCACAGCUAUUACUGCCCUACCAUAAAUCUGAUUUUCCAGUGAGGCAAGUAGAAAUACAUUUGCCCAUUAUCCAUGGCUUCUUUUCAUAAAGCAGCCCUGGACCCAAUGGGUAUGCUAAAAUGUUCAAAGAGAUGAGAGGACUCUCAGGGUAGUUGGUUGGUGAUGGCUUUCAAUAGUUGGGGUUAGAUCUUCCAUUCCUGGCACCCUCUGCUAUGCCUCAGCAGCCCUCCCAUGCAGAAAGCAAAAAGAACAUUUAAAUUGGAUGGUCAACGAAGUGAGCUUUGAAAGAAACUGGAUUUUUAACUUUGAUGUCUUGUUUUUGUUUUGUUUUGUUUGUAAGCAACAGGCUCACCAAAAUCAGAGGAAAUCUGGCAACACUCCCACUUUUAUCUCAUCUUAUAAAUUUUUAUUUGUGGGGGAGGACUUUCAACAUUAAAUAUGUCAGAGGUGCCACUCAAAGCUUUCAGAUAAAACUAAGUGGUAAGAUGGACUGUUUUUAAUUGAAAGAAAGAAAGAAAGAAGCAAAACUUUGAGCACUAGCACUAGUUCUGGCAAGAGAAACUAGGCCUCUUUCUGCAGAGUUAGCUUGGUAGGAAAGGGUGGGGCCAUGAAGAAGGUUGUAUGAACACUAUUAAUAAUUUCUUUUUAUUUGGGGGACUGCACAAUUCUGUUCACAAAGAACAUGGUUCAGUCUAGACAGGAAUUUGUCUAAAUCAGUGGUAUCCAAUAGAAAUAAAAUGCAAGUCAUAGAUGUAAUUUUAAAUUUCCUAGUAGCCGUAUUAAUAAAAGAAACAGGUGAGAAUAAUUUUAAUAAUAUAUUGUAUUCAACCCAAUAUACCCAAAAUAUCAUUUCAACAUGUACUCAAUAUAUGCUUUACUCUUUUGUCAUGCUAUGUCUUCAAAAAUUGGGAUAUAUUUUCCACUGACAACUUGUCUAACUUUGAAUUAUCCCCAUGUGGCUGAUAGCUACUGCUGUGGACAGUCUUUGCAGGCCUAAGUGUUGUUUCUUCCUGGCUUUGGUUUUAGUAAAUGACCACUUGAAGGCAGGUGGCAGCUGGAGCACCCACCCAGCCCUGUGACCAUGGAAUCUCCAGGUUUGGGGCCUCCCUCCUCUUCUUGUGAACCUUUCCAUGUAUGAGAUGCAAGGAUUCUAUGGGUGCAGUUCUACUGGCUCUCCCAGACAGAGAGGUGAGGAUGGCAGAAGCAGAAAUUGAGAGUCUUCCACUUGGAGUUCUAUCCUUGGCUGGGGAGAGCCUCCACACCAGAGCUGGAAAGAGCAGUUUUUGCACUUAGUUAGCAGGGAAUUGAAUGUCUCUGUUUCUGUGUUUGUUUUUUGAUUACCAAGUCCAGUGCUUUGACAAUGCCAUUAACCUUAAGCCAGUCCCUUCUCUAGCGUCCUCAAAUGGGAAUUUGCGUCUGCUACCUCAGAGGGACCUCCUGAAGUUAAACGAGAUAAGUGGGUGAGAAACGCUUUGCAAAGGAACGGACAUAGACGUGCGGAAAGUCGUGUAUGUAUAUAUGUAUG